UCUCUCAGUCUCUCAGUCUCUCAGUCUCAGUCUUUUUUUUUGCCAAUCAUGCUCGGUCGUUCCGUUGUCUUUCUGACGCGUCGCUCGAUGGCGUUGCUGUCAUCAUCGUCAUCGUCAUCAGCAUCAUCAGCAUCGUCGUCGGUGACUGCUGCUUCCAUUGCGUCCCGUCGCGGUCUCUCGACGACCGCUUCCACCUCUGCCUCCUCCGCUGCCGCCGCUGCCGCCGCUGCCGCUGCCGCUGCUUCCAAGGCAGAUGCGCCCAAGAUCACAACGCACUACACCAUCCACCCGCGCGAGUCGGAUCCUCGCUGGAAGGAUAUUGACAUGACGCGCGAGGCGGACGAGGCCGAUGUGGUCAUUGUUGGUGGCGGCCCGGCUGGCUUGUCUGCUGCCAUCCGCCUCAAGCAGCUUGCCGAGGCGAACGGCCAAGAGAUUCGCGUUUGCGUGGUGGAGAAGGCCACAGAGAUUGGCGCACAUACUCUGUCGGGUGCCGUGCUGGAGCCCCGCGCUCUUGAUGAGCUCUUCCCCAAGUGGCGUGAGCAUGAGAACAAGUUCAAGACCACCGAAAUCAAGCACGACGAAAUGUACUUCCUGACCAACAGCGGCAAAAUCCCGCUCCCUGUGUUGCCGUACUUCCCAAUGAACAACCACGGCAACUACAUUGUCCGUCUGGGUCACUUUGUCAAGUGGCUCGGAGAGCGUGCCGAGGAGCUUGGCGUUGAAAUCUACACUGGCUCCCCUGCGAGCGAGAUUCUCUUUGCCGAGGACAACAGCGUCAAGGGUAUUGCUACGGGCGACAUGGGCGUUGCCAAAGACGGCUCCCCGAAGGACGGAUUUCAACGUGGCCUCGAGCUUCACGCCAAAGUCACCUUGUUCGCCGAGGGCUGCCACGGUCACUUGACCAAGCAGCUGAUCAACAAGUACGACCUCCGAAAAGGCCGCAGCUUCCAGACUUAUGGCAUUGGCAUUAAGGAGCUCUGGGAGAUUGAUCCAGCCAAGCACAAGCCCGGUACCGUCAUCCACACGUGCGGCUGGCCGAUGGACCACUCGACGUACGGUGGCUCCUUCCUGUACCAUCUCGACGACGGCCCACUGGUUGCUGCCGGAUACGUCAUUGGUCUGGACUACACAAACCCUUACAUGAGCCCGUACCGCGAGUUCCAGCGCUGGAAGCACCACCCUGCCAUUGUCGACACCUUCGUCGGUGGCAACCGCAUUGGCUAUGGCGCGCGUGCCCUGAACGAAGGCGGCUGGCAGUCCAUUCCGCAACUCGCCGUCCCCGGUGCGGCUCUCCUCGGCUGCUCGGCUGGCCUGCUGAACGUGCCAAAGAUCAAGGGCACCCACAACGCGAUGAAGAGCGGCAUGAUUGCCGCUGAGCACAUUGCCGAGCAGCUCAAGGACACCUCCAAGACCAGGCUGCAUCUGGACAAGUACGAGGAUGCCGUCAAGAGCUCGUGGGUUGGCAAGGAGCUCGAUGCCGUCCGCAACGUGCGCCCGUCGUUCAACACACCGUUCAAGUUCAUCGGUGGCGUGCUGUACAGUGCCUUCACCUUUACCACCGGUGGCAAGGAGCCCUGGACCUUCCAGCACCAGCACCGUGACAACGAGUCGCUCAAGCCUGCCGCUGAGAGCGAGGAGAUUGUUUACCCCAAGCCCGACGGCAAGAUUUCGUUCGAUUUGCUCACCUCUGUCGCGCUGUCUGGCACCAACCACGAGGGCGACCAGCCUGCCCACUUGACCCUCAAGAACGACGCCAUUCCCCAAGACGUCAACCUUGCCGUGUACGCCGGACCCGAAUCUCGCUUCUGCCCCGCGGGCGUCUACGAGUUUGUGACUGACGAGAGCAACAAGCAAAAGCUCCAAAUCAACGCGCAAAACUGUGUCCACUGCAAGACGUGCGACAUUAAGGAUCCCACCCAAAACAUCAACUGGGUCGUGCCCGAGCCUGGCGGCGGUCCUGCCUACAACGGCCUUUGAGCGUUGCUUUUUUGGUUUUUGUUUUCUUCGCUGCCUUUUUUUGAAUGUUUGACACCAUAAAAUGGCCAUUUCCCCUCCCCCCCGC